CCUUUUUCCCCAUCAUCCUCCCUGGUGGCUCCCUCUUUAGUACUAGUUGGUCCGGCACGGGGGUCUUAUUUGUAGUUAUAAAAGCUGAGCUCUGUGGGACCCUCGGCUGUCCCACUGUAGUCUCUCCUCGUCCUCCGGACUGAGAGUCUCCCGCGUUUCCAUCCCAUCCUCCAUUCAGUCCGGCGUCGCGCGCUCCGGUCCGCCCGGAAAACAAGCCCGCCUGCGCGCGCUUCCAACGGCUCCGACUGCGGCCAGCAUCACCACCCUGUCCACCCGUCGCCGGGCCUCAGGCCUCCUCGGACAGCACCAUGGGGGACAGUGAUGAUGAGUACGAUCGGAGGCGCAGGGACAAGUUUCGAAGAGAGCGCAGCGACUAUGACCGUUCCCGGGAAAGAGAUGAAAGACGGCGAGGGGACGACUGGAAUGACCGAGAGUGGGACCGUGGGCGAGAGCGCCGCAGCCGGGGCGAGUACCGAGACUAUGACCGCAAUCGCAGGGAGCGAUUCUCUCCCCCUCGACAUGAGCUCAGCCCCCCACAGAAGCGCAUGCGGCGAGACUGGGAUGAGCACAGCUCUGACCCAUACCACAGUGGCUAUGACAUGCCCUAUGCUGGGGGGGGUGGGGGCCCAACUUACGGCCCCCCUCAGCCCUGGGGCCACCCGGAUGUCCACAUCAUGCAGCACCAUGUCCUACCUAUCCAGGCCAGGCUGGGCAGCAUUGCUGAGAUCGACCUGGGUGUGCCACCGCCUGUGAUGAAGUCCUUCAAGGAGUUCCUCCUGUCCCUGGACGACUCUGUGGACGAGACUGAAGCUGUCAAGCGGUACAAUGACUACAAACUGGACUUCCGAAGGCAGCAGAUGCAGGACUUCUUUCUGGCUCAUAAAGAUGAGGAGUGGUUUCGGUCGAAGUAUCACCCAGAUGAGGUGGGGAAGCGUCGGCAGGAGGCCCGGGGGGCCCUGCAGAACCGGCUGAAGGUGUUCCUGUCCCUCAUGGAGAGCGGCUGGUUUGAUAUUCUCCUGUUGGACAUAGACAGAGCUGAUGCCAUUGUCAAGAUGUUGGAUGCAGCUGUCAUUAAGAUGGAAGGAGGCACUGAGAAUGAUCUACGCAUUCUGGAGCAGGAGGAUGAGGAGGAGCAGGCAGGCAAGCCCGGGGAACCCAAGAAAGAGGAGGGCCGUGUUGGCCCAGGCCUGGGGGAUGGAGAACGCAAGGCCAGCGAGAAGGAUGAGAAGAAAGAAGAUGGCAAGCAGGCUGAAAAUGACAGUUCUAAUGAUGACAAAGCAAAGAAAUCUGAAGGUGAUGGGGACAAAGAGGAAAAGAAAGAAGAGGUGGAGAAGGAAGCCAAAAAGAGCAAGAAGCGGAACAGGAAGCACAGUGGUGAUGACAGCUUCGACGAGGGCAGCGUGUCUGAGUCCGAGUCUGAGUCUGAGAGUGGCCAGGCCGAGGAGGAGAAGGAGGAGGCUGAAGAGUCACUUAAGGAAAAGGAGAAGCCCAAGGAAGAGGAGCGGGAGAAGCCGAAGGAUGCUGCUGGGCUGGAGUGUAAGCCCCGGCCCCUACAUAAGACUUGUUCCCUCUUCAUGCGUAACAUCGCGCCCAACAUCUCUCGUGCGGAGAUUAUUUCUCUCUGUAAAAGAUACCCAGGCUUCAUGCGAGUGGCACUAUCAGAGCCCCAACCGGAGAGGAGGUUUUUCCGCCGAGGCUGGGUGACUUUUGACCGCAGUGUUAAUAUUAAAGAGAUCUGUUGGAAUCUACAGAACAUCCGGCUCCGGGAAUGUGAGCUGAGCCCUGGCGUGAACAGAGAUCUGACCCGUCGUGUCCGCAACAUCAAUGGCAUCACACAGCACAAACAGAUUGUGCGUAAUGACAUCAAGCUGGCAGCCAAGCUGAUCCAUACGCUGGAUGACAGGACCCAGCUCUGGGCCUCUGAGCCUGGGACGCCUCCUGUGCCCACAAGUCUGCCCUCACAAAACCCCAUUUUAAAGAACAUCACUGACUACCUGAUCGAGGAAGUGAGUGCUGAGGAAGAGGAGCUGCUGGGGAGCAGUGGGGGGCCCCCUCCUGAGGAGCCUCCCAAAGAAGGGAACCCAGCAGAGAUCAACGUGGAGCGAGAUGAGAAGCUGAUCAAGGUCUUGGACAAACUCCUUUUGUACUUGCGCAUUGUGCAUUCCCUGGAUUAUUAUAACACCUGCGAGUACCCCAAUGAGGAUGAGAUGCCCAACCGCUGUGGCAUCAUCCACGUCCGGGGGCCCAUGCCUCCCAAUCGCAUCAGUCAUGGAGAAGUGCUGGAGUGGCAAAAGACCUUUGAGGAGAAGCUGACUCCGCUGCUGAGUGUGCGUGAAUCCCUGUCUGAGGAAGAGGCUCAAAAGAUGGGUCGCAAAGACCCUGAACAGGAAGUAGAGAAGUUUGUCACCUCUAACACACAGGAACUGGGCAAGGAUAAGUGGCUAUGUCCUCUCAGUGGCAAGAAAUUCAAGGGUCCUGAGUUUGUGCGCAAACAUAUCUUCAACAAGCAUGCAGAGAAGAUUGAAGAGGUCAAGAAGGAGGUAGCAUUUUUUAACAACUUCCUCACUGAUGCCAAGCGCCCAGCUCUGCCUGAGAUUAAGCCAGCUCAGCCACCUGGCCCUGCCCAGAUACUCCCCCCAGGCCUGACCCCAGGACUCCCCUACCCACACCAGACACCCCAAGGCCUGAUGCCCUAUGGUCAGCCCCGGCCUCCCAUCUUGGGCUAUGGAGCUGGUGCUGUCCGCCCUGCAGUCCCAACAGGAGGGCCUCCAUACCCCCAUGCUCCAUAUGGUGCUGGCCGCGGGAACUACGAUGCCUUUCGAGGCCAGGGAGGUUAUCCUGGGAAGCCUCGGAACAGGAUGGUUCGUGGAGACCCCAGAGCUAUUGUGGAGUAUCGGGACCUGGAUGCCCCAGAUGAUGUUGAUUUCUUUUGAACUGUGCACUUGCUCUCCCUCCCUCCCGACCACCUAUACCUGUGACUGACGACCACCUAUACCUGUGACCGCUUUGUCCCAUUAGCUGAGAAUUUUUCUGUAUGUUAGCAUUCCUGCCAGUAAAAGCACUUGGGUAGUAGUGUCUCUUAA